AUUGGUGCUUCGGUUUAGUUUCGAGUUAGUGGAUCUUAUCGUCUGUAGUUCGAACUCAGUUAAUUUUAAGGAUUAGCAAAUCUUAAACUCUUUAUAAGGUUUACUAUACUCCUUGUAGUCGAGUGCAUAAACACGUUCCCCUUUUUUUGAAAGUCUCUUACGUUUUGUGGUAAUCAAGUUUGCCCAUUUAUCUUGCAGCCAUGUCGAAAUCCAAUCUCGUUAUCUCGUGCCUUCUGCUGGUGGCCAUCAGCAACAGCCUGGUCCGGGCUCAGGAUCUGAAAGUGGAGGUGAUCAGCACGCCGGAGGUGUGCGAACAAAAGUCCAAGAACGGCGAUUCCCUCACCAUGCACUACACUGGAACUCUGCAGGCCGAUGGCAAGAAAUUCGACUCGAGCUUCGACCGCGACCAGCCCUUCACAUUCCAAUUGGGCGCCGGCCAGGUGAUUAAGGGUUGGGAUCAGGGUCUGCUCAACAUGUGCGUGGGUGAGAAGCGCAAGCUGACCAUUCCUCCCCAGCUGGGCUAUGGUGACCAGGGUGCCGGCAACGUGAUACCGCCCAAGGCCACCCUCCUCUUCGAUGUGGAGCUGAUCAACAUCGGCAAUGCCCCGCCCACCACCAAUGUGUUCAAGGAGAUCGACGAUAAUGCCGACAAGCAGCUGAGUCGCGAAGAGGUCAGCGAGUAUCUAAAGAAGCAGAUGACCGCCGUGGAGGGACAGGAUUCCGAGGAGCUGAAGAACAUGCUGGCUGAGAACGACAAGCUGGUGGAGGAGAUCUUUCAGCACGAGGAUAAGGAUAAGAACGGUUUCAUCUCGCACGAUGAGUUCUCGGGACCCAAACACGACGAGCUGUAGUGCUCAAUAAUGGGGGUUCUUGGUUUGCCGUCAACAUCGAAGGGACACGAGUGCUUAAGUUAUAUAAAACCCAAAUAUAUACACAAAAAUAGAACAUAUACAACAGAUGAGGCACGAGCCGAGCAAUAAAUCGAGUGCAACCAAAUGCUUCCCGAUGUCAUUUUGUAUAUAGCAUACAUAUCAGCAUCAGCAUCAGCAUCUGCAUCUGCAUCUAAACACCAACACAUUAGAGGAGUGCAUUAGUAGUUUGUGUGUCUGUAACCCCGGUACUAGACGUAGUUUAAAUUAUGUACAAUCUGAGAGAGAAUGAACAUCAUUUUUAUAUACAUUUAUAGGUUGUUAUAUAUUUUGUGUCGGCUGCGGGUGGUGACGAUUUUUAGACCCAUCGUAAAGAUAAUAUCGUAUAAUAUCGUAUAUUGUAAAUCAGACACACUCUCAAGACGAAGUCAAUUGAAACACUUUAAAUUGAAUAAAGAAUUGCUAUCAAUAAUUUAACAAG